GACACCCAAAACUGUCCUAGUGCCGGCUCUUCACACCGCUGGAUGCAUAAUCUUCGCUCCUAAAACUCAGAUCUGUUUGUCAGUGCUGAUUACAGCAUCUGUCGUCUCGACGUGGUCCUUUGUCCUGGUAGGUAACGCGUCUUCGCUGCCUACUCCUUCAGCUGCUCGAUCAGUAUAACUCUGCGGCUCAUACCUCGACAUUUUUAGGCCGAAACACUCGUCUCAAUACCUCAUAAGUUCUGUCCACUUAUAAGCAACACGACGCAGACCGCCACCUUCACCACACUAUGUCGACCUUCCUCGUCCUACUCUCUACAUUUUUCGCUUCUAUAGGCCUCUUAUAUCUCUAUAUACGCGCAAAUGACGCGAAAAUCAUGCGUCUUCUACCUGAGGCCGCCACAUUCUCUCCGAAACGAUGGACAGAACAGGAUGCGAGACAGGGUGCGAAGGAGAUCAGAGAGAAACCUAUCACGAUAGAUGGUGUUUUGCCACCAAGGACAGGCAGGAGAUACAUCGUUAUUGGAGGGGCAGGGUUCCUCGGUGGAUGGAUCGUGCGUCAUUUGUUAGAGAGAGGAGAAGACCCAAAGAAGAUACGCGUGCUGGAUAUUAGACCCCCACGACGGAAAGAUUUGACGACGGGUCCGGCGAGAGACGUGGAUUUCCGACAAGUCGAUAUUUCGGACAAGAAGGCUGUCGAUGAGGCAUUUCACGCUCCAUGGCCUUCUUCCUCUACCGCGAAUAUCUCCCCCUCGUCAUCCGAUGCAACCGUGUCCGAUAUAGGCAUUACAGUAUUCCAUACUGCCGCCAAUAUCCGGUUCUACGAACGGCACCCUUCGCUUUUACCCCUUUCAUCAAAGGUUAACGUCAACGGAACGCAGAAUAUCGUCGAUGCGGCGAGACGUAUCGGUGUUUCGGUCAUUGUGUAUACCUCUUCGGGCAGCAUAUCGGUCAGGAGAGCGAGAUUCUGGCUAUGGCCUUGGGAGAAACAGCCCGAUUUCUUCGUGCAAUAUAUCACGGACGACGACGCCUUGGUCCCCAAGCGGCAUGAGGAUAUGUUCUCCAAUUACGCGGCUUCGAAGAUCCAGGCGGAGAGGAUCGUCAGGCAGGCGGAUAGGACGCCGACUGGAACUGGAGAAGAAAGGGUGUUGAGGACGGGAUGUAUUCGACCUGGGAAUGGGAUCUAUGGCCCCGGCGGAGAUUUACUCUGUGGCUCUUACCUCGUCCGUCAAACCAACCCCACCUGGAUCGCCGACAUACUCCAUAACUUCGUCUACGUCGAGAACGGAUCCCUCGCACAUCUAUGCUACGAGCGUCGUCUACUCGAUCUCAUCGGCUCUCCAGACUCGGAGACCGCAGGACCGGAUAUCGGAGGACAGGCGUUCGCGAUCACGGAUGCGGGUCCGCCUGUGACUUAUGGAGAUGUGUACCAGACGUUGAACGUCCUCACGGAUGGACUGACGGUGUUUCCGAAUAUGUCGGCGACGGCUAUGCUUUUGCUUGCGCAUAUUUUCGAGGCCGUUCAUCUGUCGCAUAUGUUUCUCCAGCUCUCCUCAUACCCUCUACUUCGUCAUAUCUCACGCUUCGUGCCCCGACUUAACGGCGAUCUAAUCAACCUACAGCCUUCGCUGUUUGCAUUAACGAUGGUGCAUCUAAUUUGGGAUGACUCGAGAGCUAGGAAAGGAGCGGCCGAGGGAGGGAUAGGGUAUAAUCCGCCUUGGACGACGAUGCAGGGGUUGUGCAAGCUUGUAGAGGAGCAUUUGAAGGGAGAUGGGAAGGGGGAAGCGGAUAGGAGUACGGAUGGAGGAGUUAGCUUUGGGUGGCCGAGUAUGAAGGCUGGGAGGGGAGUACAGAGGGUUAAGGAGGGGUUGGGAGCGGAGCCGACGAAGUUGAUGAACUGAAGGAUGUGCAAGGGAGCUGUAUAUUGAGGCCAGAGGGGCACUCGUGUAUCUUUAU